AUGGGGGAGUUAUUACUCACAAGAAAGAAGAAGCCAGGGGCCCCCCUGAAGGAGGGGUUACCAAAGAAGGUACGGAAGACUGCCUCAACAGAUGUUGCGGGGGGGCCCCCUAAGGUUCAUAGGGGGGCCCCCAGGGGGCCCCCUGAUGGGUCUCGUCAGAGCAGCAGCUUCGCAGGCAUUGGCUGUGUGCCUGAUGGGGUUGUAGAGGCCCUGAGGGGUUUAGGGUUUACUCACUGUACGCCCGUACAGGAAGCCACGUUGCCGCUGCUGCUGCCGCAGCAGCAGCAGCAGCAGCAGCAGAGGAAACAGCAGAAGCAGCAGCAGCUGGUGACAGGGGGGGCCCUUGCUGCAUCGAGAAGGUUUGGAGAUGUUGCUGUUGAGGCCCCUACGGGCAGCGGCAAGACGCUUGCGUUUCUUAUUCCUGCUGUCUCCAGGCUGCUGGAGCAGCAGCUGCUGCAGCAGCAACAACGGCAGCAGCAGCAGCAACAACAACAGGAGGAGGAGCAGCAGGAUGGGCAGCAGCAGCAACUAGAUGGUGGAGAUGCGAUUGAUGUAAGAGCGGCAUUGACAGAGACACCGGAGGAAGAAGCUGCUGCUGCUGCACUUGCUGCUGCUUCAGAUCCAGAAGCAGCAGCAGCAGCAGAUGCUGCUGCUGCGUCUGAACUCCGCUGUAGAGUUGGUGUCCUUGUCGUGGCCCCUACUCGGGAGCUUUGCUGCCAAACGCAUGCGGUUUUGCUGCAGCUGCUGCACUCCCUUGAAGCCGUGCUGUUGCAGCCGGAGCACCCUAGCAGCAGCAACAGCAGCAGCAACAGCAGCAGCAAGAGAUGCAGCAGCACUUUCUUGUUGCGGGCUAUGGAGGCUGCUGAGCCUGCUGGAGCUGCCGCAGCAGCAGCAGGUACGCAGCAGCAGCAGCAACAGCAGCAGCAGCAGCAGCAGCAUCACCCAAGGGCAACAGCAACAGUAGCAGCAGCAGCAAUAGCAGCAGCAGCAGCAAUAGCAGCAGGAGCAGCAGCAGCAGCAGCAGCAGCAGCAGUAGCAGCAGCAACAGCAGCAGCAGCAGCAGGUGUGUGUGCGUGUUUGCUGCAGCCUCUGUGGGAAUGGCGUUGGCUGAAUCUGUUGGUGGUGGAUGAAGCAGAUAGGCUGCUGGAUGAGCAGCACGCGCAGCAGCUGCAGCAGCUGCAUGCAGCAGCAGCAGCAGCAAGGCAGCAGCAGCUGCUGCCAAGCGAACGACGGGAGCAGCAGCGGCUUCAAACUGUUUUCUUUUCUGCUACUCUCUCUGGAGCUAUGCAGCAGCGCGUUAUCAGAAGCCUCUUAAAGGACCCUGUUUGUGUUAGAGUUACAGCAGCCCCACCUGCUGCUGCUGCUGCUGCUGCUGCUGCUGCUGGUGCUGCUGCUGCUGCUGCAGGGGUUCGUUUGGACGGGAAGGGGGAGAAAGGAGAGGAGACAGAAGAAACUCCUGCUGCUGCUGCUCCUGCUGCUGCUUCUGCUGCAGUGCAGCACUCUGUGCCUCUCACUCUGUCUAAUUCGCUGCUUGUUGUUGAUUAUACCCACAAGCUUCCGUUUCUUAUCAAAUUCCUACAGAAGGUGGUGAUCCCUCAGGGGAAGCGCUGCAUUGUAUUUUGUUUGACGUGUCAGUGCGUGGAGUAUUACUUCGCGCUGCUGCAGGCGCACUUUAGCGAAGUCUCUAAAGCGGAGACGCCUGCGGCUUUAGAGACACUUAAAGGAGACAGGGGACAGAACCCUUCCAGCAGCAGCAGCAGCAGCAGCAGCAGCAGCAGCAAAGGGAGAGGCAGGGGGUGUGGGGCCCUCGUGGAGAAACUGCACGGCCGAAUGAAACAGAGAGCGCGCAGCGCGGCACUCAACCGAUUCUGCAGCAGCAGCAACAGCAGCAGCAGCAGCAGCAGCAGCAGCAAGGGGGACAAGGGCGGGGCUCUAGUGCUGCUGGCUACCGAUGUUGCAGCGAGGGGCCUUGACUUCCCUGAUGUUCGCUGGAUCAUACAGCUAGAUCCACCUCAGAACCCUGAGGUGUUCGUACACCGCAUUGGAAGGACAGCUCGCGCUGGGCGCAGCGGCGCUGCGCUGCUGCUGCUGCUGCCGCACGAAGAUGCGUACGAGUCGUUUAUAAGGAACAGAGGGGUGCAGCUGUCUCCUUUCGAGGAGACAGAAGAGGGACAGCUGCUGCAGCAAGAUGCAGCAGCAGCAGCAGCAGCAGCAGGUGCAGCAGAUGCAGCAGCAGCAGCAGAAGAUGCAGCAGAAGAGAGCGAAGAGAUAACCAAUCCCUUUUUAUGCAAGACCGAGAUUGAAACUAUCAAUAACGCUCUGCAGGAAGCUGUGCAGCAGGAUCAAGCUCUUAUUCAAAAGGGCUCGAGGGCGUUUGUCUCCUUUAUCCGCGCGUACAAGGAGCACCAGCUGUCUUAUCUUCUACCUUUUUCGCAACUAAAUCUGGGGCGCCUGGGUACCGCGCUGCGGCUGCUGCGACUGCCGCGCAUGCGGGAAGUGUUAGGGAAGUGUCUCCAGGACUUCAAGCAAAGCCCCAUCGACCCGGCUACUGUCCCCUUUAGAAAUGAUGCAGCAAGAGAGCAGCAGCGUCAGGAGCAGCUGCAGCAGGUGCAUGCAAAGCGCGCGCAGCAGCAGCUAGAAAAAGAAAAACGAAAGAAAAAAGAAGAAAAGAAACAAAAAAAUAAUCGUCAAAACAAACACCAACGAACAACAAGUGAAAAGAGACAAACCAAAAGGCGAAACGCGCUGGAGGAGUGGAGGGAGUUGGCCUUUGAAGAGAGGAUGGCACGCAAAUUGAGAAGAGGUCGCAUCACCGAAGAGGCCUACGACAAACUUAUAAAGAAAGGGCCUCAGGGGGUGGACAGCCCCGUAGAAGACAGCGAUGCCUCAUCGGAUUUUGAUAGCUCUGACAGCGACAUGGAGACAGCAGGAGCAAACAGCAGCCGCAAACAGCAGCAGCAGCACAAGUGGGGGGCCCCUGGGGGCCCCAAACAAACCACCAGCAGAAGAAAACCCUCAUGGGCCCGCAAAGGCAAACAUAAAAAGAAGAGAAGGUGA